GAGAGAAGAAGCGAGCACGGCGGCUGGUGAGCGAGAGAGAGAGAGAGAGAGGGAGAAUCGGAGGCGAGAAGAGAACAGAGGGUUUCUCUUUCCUCGAAACCCUAGAAGUCGAUCGAGGGAUCCAUCUCUGAGUUUAUCUGCUUCUUGUGUGGAAAUAUUCGCUUUUUCUCGGUUUCUCAAGGGAUCGGGUUCCAGAUCGAGGGUUUGUCUGGGGGGAUUUGGAGACACGACGUUUCUCCGGCACCAGAUCGGCCGUAUAUCGCUGGGACGAGCUCUCUGUCGGUUUUAAUAGCUUUCUUGUAAGGGUUUUCUCCUUCCUUUUUGCGUUUUCUCGGUGGAUUUUUGGUUUCCGGUGGUGGAUGGAGGAAUUUUUAGGGGUUUCGAUUAUGUGUUUAAAGCUGGGUGGAGAACGUGGGGAAGGUUUGUUGAGGGUACCUAUUCUCUGAGUUAGGGGGUUUCCAGGUUUCGGCUGAGAUCUUUGCAGUUUAUGAGGUGUUGGGGAGGAUUUCGGGAGAAAAAUAUGAUUUUUUUUUAAUGUUCGUUGAAGUGUUCUACUUAUUAUUUACUGUGUGCGACUGUAACUUUUGUCUUUGAGAACUGGGAGCUCGGUUUUCCUGGUUAAAGCUUUAUAACAUGGUGGUGUAGGUGAAGAAGAAGUUUUCUGAAGAUUUUGGUACGAUAGAGAAAGUUAAAAAAAAAAAACACUUCCUUUGGAAGUGAUUAGGAAGGGCUUCUGUGGUUUGGAGGACUGCUGGUGUUUUGUCUUGUCUUUUUUCUCUUUAGAUUUAGAUACCAGAUCUUUGCGCUGGAGCGUUUAGGGAUUCCGGGAACCAUGUCGUCGUUGAGCAGGGAACUAGUUUUCCUGAUUCUGCAGUUCUUGGACGAGGAGAAGUUCAAAGAAACUGUUCAUAAGUUGGAGCAAGAGUCGGGCUUUUACUUCAAUAUGAAAUACUUUGAGGAUCAAGUCCAGGCAGGGGAAUGGGAUGAAGUUGAACGGUAUCUUGGUGGAUUCACAAAGGUCGAGGACAAUCGCUACUCCAUGAAGAUCUUCUUCGAGAUUAGGAAGCAGAAGUACCUUGAAGCACUUGAUAGGCAUGACAGGGCGAAAGCUGUCGAGAUACUUGUGAAGGACCUCAAGGUUUUUGCUUCUUUCAAUGAAGAACUUUUCAAGGAGAUCACUCAAUUGCUCACCUUGGAGAAUUUCCGGCAGAAUGAGCAGCUUUCUAAGUAUGGAGAUACAAAAUCUGCCCGAAACAUAAUGCUCAUGGAGCUUAAGAAGCUGAUUGAAGCAAAUCCUUUAUUUCGUGAUAAGCUUACUUUCCCACCCUUUAAAGCUUCUAGGCUGCGUACACUGAUCAACCAGAGUCUGAACUGGCAGCAUCAACUUUGUAAGAAUCCACGCCCCAACCCUGAUAUCAAGACACUUUUUGCUGAUCACUCAUGUGCUGCUCCUACCAAUGGAGCCCGUGCUCCUCCCCCUAACAAUGGCCCCCUUGUAGGGCCAAUUCCUAAGUCUGGGGCAUUUCCUCCAAUUGGUGCUCAUAGUCCAUUCCAACCAGUUGUUUCUCCAUCUGCAAGCGCCAUUGCAGGGUGGAUGACGAACGCUAACCAAUCUUUACCACAUGCUGCUGUGGCGCAAGGACCCCCAGGGUUGGUGCAGCCUUCGGGUACAGCUGCAUUUUUGAAGCACCCAAGGACUCCCACAAGUACUCCUGGUAUGGAUUAUCAAACUGCAGACUCUGAACACUUCAAGAGAAUGCGUACUGGCCCAUCAGAUGAGGUCUCAUUCGCUGGUGCAUCUCAUCCACCUAAUAUUUAUUCUCAAGAUGAUCUUCCCAGAACUGUGGUGCGGACCCUUAAUCAGGGUUCGAAUGUCAUGAGCUUGGAUUUCCAUCCAGUUCAACAAACAUUUCUUUUAGUUGGAACCAAUGUUGGUGACAUUGGGAUAUGGGAAGUUGGAUCUCGAGAAAGGAUCGCGCAUAAGACAUUUAAGGUUUGGGAUGUCUCAUCUUGUUCUUUGCCAUUACAGGCAGCAUUAAUGAAAGAUGCUACAAUAUCUGUCAAUCGGUGCUUGUGGAGUCCUGAUGGAGCUAUUCUUGGUGUUGCAUUUUCGAAACAUAUUGUUCAGACAUAUGCUUUUAUUCCAAAUGGAGAGCUGAGACAACAAUUGGAGAUUGAUGCUCAUUUAGGCGGUGUUAAUGACAUUGCCUUUUCCCAUCCCAACAAGAGUUUGUCGAUUAUCACGUGCGGUGAUGACAAGACAAUUAAGGUGUGGGAUGCUGCAACAGGACAGAGGCAAUACAUGUUUGAAGGGCAUGAAGCUCCUGUGUACUCUGUAUGCCCUCAUUAUAAGGAGUCUAUCCAGUUUAUCUUCUCCACUGCUGUUGAUGGGAAAAUCAAAGCAUGGCUAUAUGAUUGUUUGGGAUCCAGAGUUGACUAUGAUGCGCCUGGGCAUUGGUGCACAGCGAUGUCAUAUAGUGCAGAUGGAACAAGGCUUUUUUCCUGUGGAACUAGUAAAGAUGGUGAUUCGCAUUUAGUUGAGUGGAAUGAGACUGAAGGAGCUAUUAAAAGGACAUACUCUGGAUUUAGAAAGCGUUCAUUAGGUGUCGUCCAAUUUGACACAACUAGGAACCGAUUCCUGGCUGCUGGAGAUGAAUUUAUGAUUAAGUUCUGGGACAUGGAUAGUACCAGCAUACUAACCACCACAGAUGCUGAUGGUGGAUUGCCUGCAAGCCCACGUCUAAGAUUCAACAGAGAAGGUUCAUUACUUGCAGUUACAACAAGCGACAACGGUAUUAAAAUCUUAGCCAACACUGAUGGGCAGCGCUUGCUAAGGAUGCUUGAGAGUAGGGCAUUUGAGGGAUCUCGAGGGCCUUCCCAACAGAUCAAUACGAAGCCUCCACUUGUCAAUGCAUUGGGUGCUGUUUCUAGUGUUUCUAGCCCAUUAGCAGCCACUCCUGAGCGUCCUGAUCGAGUUUUACCUGCUGUCUCAAUGGGUAGCAUGGCUCCUAUGGAAAACAAUCGGAUGGUUGAUGUUAAGCCAAGGAUUUCAGAUGAUGCUGACAAGAUCAAAAGCUGGAAAUUAGCUGAAAUUGGGGACUCUGCUCAUCUUAAAACCUUAAGGUUGCCUGACUCCAUGACAACAACUAGCAAGAUUGUGCGAUUGUUAUAUACGAACUCUGGGCUAGCUGUCUUGGCUCUUGCAUCCAAUGCCAUACAUAAGCUGUGGAAAUGGCAGCGCACCGAACGAAAUCCAUCUGGCAAGUCCACUGCAUCUGUUGUCCCUCAGUUGUGGCAACCAUCAAAUGGAAUUCUCAUGACCAAUGAAACCAAUGAUAGCAACCCAGAAGAAGCAAAUGCAUGUAUUGCUUUGUCAAAGAAUGACUCAUAUGUUAUGUCUGCAUCUGGUGGGAAGGUUUCUUUGUUCAAUAUGAUGACGUUCAAGGUUAUGACAACUUUCAUGCCACCCCCUCCUGCAGCCACCUUCCUGGCAUUCCACCCUCAAGACAACAAUAUUAUUGCCAUAGGAAUGGAAGAUUCUACUAUUCAAAUAUACAAUGUUCGAGUUGAUGAGGUGAAAACCAAGCUCAAGGGUCACCAGAAGAAGAUCACUGGCCUAGCAUUUUCCCAGUUACUAAAUGUCCUUGUCUCUUCAGGAGCCGAUGCACAGCUGUGUGUGUGGAGUAUAGAUGGAUGGGAGAAGAAGAAAUCAAGAUUUAUUCAGGCACCAGCUAGUCGUGCAUCCCCGUUAGUUGGGGAUACCAAAGUUCAGUUUCAUAAUGAUCAGGCACAUCUUUUGGUUGUUCAUGAAAGCCAACUGGCCAUCUACGACAGCAAGCUUGAAUGCUUGCGCUCGUGGUUUCCAAGGGAUGCAUUACCAGCACCAAUUUCAAGUGCGAUAUACUCUUGUGAUAGUUUGUUCGUGUACGCCGGAUUCUGUGAUGGUGCAGUUGGCGUUUUUGAAGUAGAUGGCCUGAGGCUUUGUUGCAGGAUUGCACCGUCUGCCUACAUAUCACCAUCCAUUACCAGUGCUGGAACUGUUUAUCCUAUGGUGAUUGCUGCCCACCCAUCAGAACCCAACCAGUUUGCACUGGGAAUGAGCGAUGGUGCAGUUCAUGUGGUCGAGCCAUCAGACGCUGAGCCAAAAUGGGGUGCGCCGCCACCUCAGGACAAUGGAGCUCAUCCGUCAAUCUCCAAUUCCGCAUUGACUACUAAUCAGGCAUCUGAAGCUCCUCCUAGGUGACUUGGGAGCAGAACAGCAAGAAGGCUAGGGAAUCGAGCAGACUUGCCUGAAAACCAGUAGCUCUCCAGCUUCAGAGGUGAUCUCUUUUUGAAUCUCAGCCCGAUGCCAUACCGCCCGAGGGCUGGUAUAUCUUCCCUUGUAAAGCAUCUUAUAAUCUGUCUACCGUCCUUGAGAUAUUCUUUUGUUGUUGGGUUGGGAGAGUAGCAGCAUGUAAAUUAUAUCAUAUUAUGCAUCAGACAUGGGGAAAGAAACAUGGUUAAGGGCUAAAGAUCUGAGUCAUCUGACAGACACAGGAAGUAUGCACAAGGUCUUCCUUCUCCCAUGCCCUUCUUCUGCUGACUGAAACCUUUUCAAUUUUUUUUCUUGGGAAAAAAAGGUUCUGUUACGAAUGAUGUAUGCGUGUUUAAAAUUUCCUUGUGCAAUUGCUGCCGCUGCUGAUUUGGCGUGGUCGAUAAGUGGCCUGUUUUGA